AUGGAAGCAGCUCAACAAGGCUCGACACCUGAUCCCAACCCUGAUUCCCCGCCAGCUAUUGGAAUCAGUGAAGAGGAUGCGCUGAAGAAUCUUUCCGGAACAGUACGAGAUCAGGAUGAUCUGGAGCGAGACAUCACCAUGCAGGCCAAUGCGGCGCUAAUGGAGGCUGAAGACAAAAAGGACCGCGCCCGGAUCGUCAAAUUGGAGCUGACCAAGGAGCGAUACAAGUCUCUGCUUGACAAGGAAAAAAAGAGGCUGGAAAAAGCUGCUGGCAACCCAACCCAGUCUCUUACCAUUCAAAAUGCGAUUGCCAAAAUCGAGCAGGAAAUUCAGCAAACCACGCUGGACAUUACUGAUUUCGAAUCACGUAUCCAGAAGAGACACCAGGAAGAUCCGUUACACAGCUUGAACCAGACGAAGUCUAAGAGGCUUCCCGGUGAAAGCAAUCGUGACUAUCUCAUCCGAACCGGCAAGAUUACCCCGUUUUCGAAGUUGGGAGGAGCACGCCCUGCUGGCAUCGAGGGUCAACUUGCCGACACCAUUUUGGAUGCUGAGGAGGAAGCCGCUGCGGAGCAACUGAACAAUGAGGCCGGGGAGGGUCCUCUAUCACAUCAAUUACUUCGACGCCCCGGCUUCGAAGAAGAAGUGUCAACACCAUCCGUGAGCGAAGGAACUGCGGCAGAAGCUGAAUUCUCACUUCGACCGCGGAAGAAGAGAAAGGUUCAAAGACAAACAGAGCGUGAGCCCUCUGCUGAUUUUGAGCCCGAGGCACAGUCUAGCUCGGAAUCAGUUGAUUCAGCGGUCUGGCAACAAACAACAGAAGAUGACAUCGUUCGUCAACAGCGUCGUAAAGCCAAAGCCAAGGCAUCAGCUGCCGAGCAAGAGAGCAUUGAUCUUAGUAAGGUUGAUGAUGGCAACGAGGCGCACUACAAGAAGCGCUUGAAAGACUGGGUUGAUCGAAGAAGUCGAGCAAGACGAGCCAAACGACAAAGCGACUCCACAACCAACCCGGAGGAGAGUGACGAGGAGGAAGACGAAUGGUUUAAACCGGCGCCAGGUGUGGCAGAUCAUUAUUUUACCGAUGACCUCAAACUGCCAGGCGACGUAUACCCGUCCCUCUUCGGAUAUCAAAAGACUGGCGUACAGUGGCUGGCUGAACUCUACAAGCAAAAUGUUGGAGGCAUCAUUGGAGACGAAAUGGGUCUUGGCAAAACCGUUCAGCUUAUCGCAUUCAUUGCUGCCCUACACUACAGCAAAAAGCUCAAGAAGCCAGUCAUCGUGGUCGCUCCAGCCACACUCCUCCGCCAGUGGGUAAGCGAAUUCCAUCGCUGGUGGCCGCCUCUGCGUGUCUCAAUCCUUCAUUCUUCAGGCAGUGGGAUGCUCAACCCUGCAGCAGAAGAUGAUUACGAUGUCGAGCACUUUAGCCCAAUGGCUACCAAAUCCGAAAAAGCGGCGAGAAAAAUUGUGCGGGGAGUGGUUCAGAAAGGCCAUGUCCUGGUCACCACCUACACUGGUCUUCAGACAUAUGCCGAUCUGCUGUUGGGCGUUGAAUGGGACUAUGCGGUGCUUGAUGAGGGCCAUAAGAUCCGAAAUCCAAAUGCCGAAAUCACCGUGACCUGCAAAGAGCUCAACACGCCAAAUCGUCUCAUUUUGUCUGGAACACCAAUCCAAAAUAACCUCACGGAACUCUGGUCACUCUUCGACUUUAUCUAUCCAAUGCGCUUGGGAACUCUCGUCAACUUUAAGCAGCAAUUUGAGAUACCCAUUCGACAGGGCGGUUAUGCAAAUGCGUCUAAUCUACAAGUCAUGACUGCUGAAAAAUGUGCCGAGGCUCUGAAGGAGACCAUCAGUGAAUAUCUUCUCCAGCGAUUGAAAGUUGAUGUGGCUGCCGACCUCCCAGAAAAGACAGAGCAGGUCUUGUUCUGCAAAUUGACAGAGGGUCAACGCAAGGCAUACGAGACAUUUCUCCGCUCCGACGAAGUGUCAGCAAUUUUGAACAGGACACGCCAAUCUCUCUAUGGAAUUGAUAUUCUCCGCAAGAUUUGCAACCACCCUGAUCUACUUGAUAAGUCUCUUGCAUAUAAGCCUGGUUAUGAAGUUGGUAACCCAAAAAUGUCAGCAAAACUUCAACUCACCAAAGACCUGUUACAAAAAGUCAUGAUUCCGAAUGGGCACAAGACACUUCUGUUUUCACAAGGAAAGCAAAUGCUGAACAUCAUUGAGAAAUGCAUCAGGAAUUGUGGCAUCACCUAUUUGCGGAUGGAUGGCGAAACUCCAAUCGACCAACGACAGCCGAUGAUUGACAAGUUCAACUCCGAUCCUGAUAUCCAUGUCUUUCUCAUGACUACCAGGACUGGUGGAUUGGGCACAAACCUUACUGGCGCAGAUCGCAUCAUCAUCUUUGAUCCAGACUGGAAUCCAUCUACUGACCUGCAAGCGCGAGAGCGAGCAUGGAGACUGGGCCAGAACAAACCGGUAAAGAUCUACCGACUGAUGACUGAGGGUACGAUUGAAGAGAAGAUUUAUCAUCGUCAAAUCUUCAAGCAGUUUAUGACGAACAAGGUUCUCAAAGAUCCGAAGCAGCGAAGCUCUUACGAUCUCUCAGACUUGUAUGAUCUAUUCACUUUCGAUAAAAACACUGAUCCUGCUGCGGCAAGAAGCGAAGUAUUCAAGGGUGCGGAGGUGAAUUUGAGCAAGAAUAUAGACAACACUGAUGCAAAAUCUCUGAUGCCCAUUAGAAGUGUGGGCCAAGGAAAACAAGAAGGUGAAUUGAAGAGCUUGGAUCUGGUUGCUGCAACGGAGGAAGUCAAGGAAGAUCCAUCUGCGCAUGAGGAGAAGAGAAUGCUUGAAGGCAUCUUUGCCCGAUCAGUGAACAGUGCCUACGACCACGAACAGAUUGUCAAUGGUCCACAGAAGGUCCAGGCUGAUAUAUCAGUUCUGCGUCAGGAGGCGAACAUGGUAGCCCGUCAAGCUGCAGCCCAUCUUCGACAUGCUGGAGAAGAAGCUCGUCGAAUCCCGAUCGGCACGGUCACUUGGACUGGCGAAGUUGGAACAGCAGGCCGUCCUGGCGGUAAUCGUCGUCGUGGAGGUCCAAGUUCGGCGGGUGUCAUGAGCAACCUUGCAGAUCGCCAGGGCUUGGACAGCGGUAGCAGCUCACGAUCAGGCACACCUGGAAGCGACAAGAACUUGAAGGCGAAAGAUUUCAUUCCAUUGAUCAAGACGUUCAUCAACCGUCACGGAGGAAAAGUCCCCAGUAAGAUGCUGGUGGACCAUUUUAAUUCUUAUUGUCCUGGAAAGAAGCAGAGCGACGAAUUCAAGUCUGCGCUGGAGAUGAUUGCGGUAUUGAACCGGGUCAGCAGUACUGGAAGAGGCAUGUGGUCGUUGAAACCACAAUUUAAGUGA